AUGGCUCUUUACUUUUCUCAAAUAGUGCGGUGUUUGGUAUCUUUUGAAGGCAUUAACCUCAACCCUAUAAACAAAGCUGGAGAUACGCCAUUAGAUAUCGCUGAGAAGAUAGGAAACGCAGAGCUUGUGUCAGUUCUGAAGGAAGCAAGAGCUGCUACAGCUAAAGAUCUCGGAAAGCCUCAAAACCCAGCUAAGCAACUAAAGCAAACAGUCAGCGACAUCAAACACGAGGUACAAUCUCAGCUCCAGCAAUCCAGACAAACAGGUGUUAGAGUCCAGAAGAUAGCAAAAAGACUCAAGAAGCUUCAUAUUAGUGGUUUAAACAACGCUAUAAACUCAGCAACGGUUGUGGCUGUACUUAUUGCCACGGUGGCUUUUGCAGCAAUCUUCACAAUACCCGGUCAGUACGAAGAGGACCGGUCGAAAGGAUCAUUGCUAGGACAAGCUCAUAUAGCAAACAAAGCACCGUUUCUGGUCUUCUUCAUUUUUGACAGCUUGGCACUGUUUAUAUCCUUAGCUGUUGUUGUGGUGCAGACUUCAGUUGUUGUGAUUGAGCAGAAGGCGAAGAAGAAGCUUGUGUUUGUGAUCAACAAGCUCAUGUG